AUCCACACAAAGAGUGUGAUCGAAUUCGUCAAUUUCACAGUUCCACUCCUUCACGUCUUCAAACAUCUUUGGCAAUUCGAACGACUCCAGAAUUAAGCAAGCAAAAUUUUCAUCAGUUUUGCUUCGAAAUGGAGAAUAUGAGCAAUUUGAGGUCGAUGUGUAGGCCACACGCCGUGUUCUCUUCUCCGGCCUCCUGUCGCAGGUCAAUGAUGAAGGUUUCGUCAGUUUCUGGAAGUUGCGAUAGUUCCAUGUUUAAGUCGUUUUCGUCGAAUUUUUCGGUUGCGUUUGAUCGAUUGGGAGAACAGAGGAAGUGUGAGGGGUGGCAGAGGUUGAAUCGACAGAGAAGAAUGGUGGCUCUGAGAGCUUCUAACUGGACCGACUCUAAAUCACCCUAUGACACUCUAGAAUUGGAAAGAAAUGCAUCUGAAGAGCAAAUUAAGGUAGCCUACCGACGUUUGGCUAAGUUCUAUCAUCCUGAUGUUUAUGAUGGAAGAGGGACGCUGGAUGAAGGUGAAACAGCCGAUGCUCGAUUUAUAAAAAUUCAGGCUGCAUACGAGCUUCUUAUAGAUAAGGAAAAACGGAGGCAAUAUGACAUUGACAACCGUGUUAAUCCAAUGAAGGCAUCUCAAGCAUGGAUGGAGUGGCUUAUGAAGAAGCAAAAAGCAUUUGACCAAAGAGGUUAUAUGGCAGUUGCAGCUUGGGCUGAACAACAACAGCUUGAAAUGAAUCUCCGGGCUCGGCGUCUUGCUCGUUCAAAGAUUGAUCCGGAAGAGGAAAGGAGGAUACUGGAGAAAGAGAAAAAGGCAUCUGAAUUGAGUGUCCAAAUCACUUUAAGGAGACACACCCUCAUCCUGAGAAAAAGAGAUUUAAUGAGGAGAAAAGCUGAAGAUGAUAAGAGAAAGAUCUUGCGCAGGCUUCUGGCAGCAGAGGGGCUUGAACUCGAAAAGAAUGAAGAUGAAUAGUAAGUAGAUGAAACCCUUUUCAUGUCUAUAGAUAUAAUUUAGAUUGCCAUACAAUGCAGUUUACUCUAAUCAUGUAUAUAUAAUUUUACAGUGGUAAUUUAAAUCUCUCAUAUUAAAAAUGUGUUCUUUAGCUGUCUUCAUCUGGAUUGCUUUGUCUAAACCAAAAUUUGAGCACACAGGGGAGAAACAUCGGGAUUAGUAAUGUUUAGUGAGGAU